AUGAUGAAAUAGGAGCAAGAUAAGAGUAUUUGGGAAUGGGUUCCUUGUAAUUACGAUGUAAAGCGCAUAGUAAAGGAUACUCAAACUUCUUGGAAUCUGAGUCCAUAAAUAUCUCUUAAGAUUCCAGCAGAGAAUGGGACCAUCGAUCCAAUCAUCAACAUAAAGAUUGAUUAGAGCAGACCAUUUAUUUAUUCAGAUAAUUUGGGGUGGAAUUGGCAUAAAAGUUGGAAUCUUCCUGACAUUGGCUUGGAAAUGGAAGUAUAGUUUUAUAUGUUAUCACUUUCCUUAGAUUACAGACCCUUAGACUAACGAGCGCCUUGCCCCUCCAAAUAACAUAUAUGUAUCCAUCGAAAUUAUAGCAAGUGUAAACUGCAAAUCGUCAAGCCGAUCAUAACUCCGAUGAAGACUCAUCAUCUGCUGGAGGUUGGAGCCAAGGGAAACUUAAAAGUGGAUAUGGAGAAUGGGAAAUGCAUUUUCUCAGGCCUGAAGUUCAACACCACUUCUUAUAAUCAUGAUCAUUAACGAUUUCAUAUUGUGAUAACAUUGUAUUUGUGUCAGAGUAAAUUCGAAUUUCCCCAGAUUUUGGAUUCUCGCAUCUCCCCUCCUAUAUUCGUAGAUUCCCGAAAAUCAGCCAGAGAUAUCGUCAAACAGAAAAUCCAAAAAUUGCAAUCCUAUUUCGACCCUUUUCUACCCAAUAAUUUGGAGAAAUAGUUUUUAAUUAUCAAGCCCUCCAAUUAGGAAGUCAUUAAAAAUUCUAUUGAAGGACUCAUCAAUUAUUUCACUGCUCCAAAUAUACGGCAUAAAGUUAAGCAUCCCAUUUUCUUACUACUUAAAUUCAGUGCUUGUAUCUCAUUGUAUGUAAACUCUGCUAAAAUUAAAUUUACAGAACCUGACAAUUUGAUCUAAACCUUACAACAUGUCCUCUCUACCAGCAAUGCAUUGCAAGGGAUUCAGAAGAUAGAUCAGAAACUCAUCAUCCUAUACAUUGAUUGUAAGGCCAACGAAACAAAAUCUCAAUAGAAUAUGAAAAAGAUUCUAGAAUUUCUUGAACCUCUUAACAAUGAUUGUGUUUAGGUUAUUAUGGAUAUUAAUGAUGUACCUAAGGGCUUCAUCCAAAUUGAAAAUCUAGAUUAAAUGCAGCAAGCCUACCACAGAGUUUAUAAUUCUUUAUUGAAAUAUAAAAGAGAAGAUGAUUAAAUUGAUUAAGAAUAAUUAGAAGAGGAGUAUAAUGCAAAAAUUCCAGAAAAAAAGAAGAAAAAGGAACUUAAGGAACCUGAGUAACUCGUUAAUCCUGAGAGAAUAAGGAAAAUUAUUCACAUUUCAGGUACUCUUCCCAACCAAAGUUCAAAUUCGAUGCCUGAACAAGAAAGUAACCAGAUCAAAAUGGAAUAAUAAUUCUCUAUACCCAAUAAUGUGUAAUUGAGACUGCCAAACCAAGAGUAAUCAUAACAGUAUUUGUAAUAAUCGCAACUACAAUAACAAUAACUAUAAUAGAAUUUAGCCUUCAAUCCAAUGUCAUUAUGGUUGUAUCUAUAAAAACUUCCUUCAUGA